AUGUUCUGUGCUACUGACAGUGCCCUCAAAAAAUACUAGAAGUUUUCACGAAAAUAAAUAAAUAAAAUUUUGUCACAUCAUACCUUACAUUUUAAUAAAUGAAAGUGUUGGCUGUUAACUCCAGAGUACCUGAUCCAAGAUGAGUUCCCAAUAUACAAGAGAACAUUUGAAAAUAUCUGCAGCAAAAAUUUUACAAACUUUAGGAUGGCAUUCUUCAAAUUCAACACCAUUAGAAAUCAUAACAGACAUACUUCACAAUUAUAUUUUUCAGUUAUCUAAGGUAGCAAGUGAAUAUGCAAAUGAAUUUGGUUUCACGGAACCUAACCUGGAUCAUCUAGGACUAGCUUUCAGAGAAAUGGGAAUCAGUUUGCCUGAAUUGGAAGAAUUUGUUAAAUAUGUGAAUUUUGGAACACCAGCUACUCAGGUUUGUAAAUAUCCUGUGCCCAAGGAAGAUCAACUCAAUUUUCUAAAACCAGGCAGUAAGGAAGUUGUUACGAGACCUGUUCAUAUCCAUGAGCAUCUACCACCAAUGAAUCCUAUUUUAGAAGGUGCUAUAAUUGAAAAAGAAACCAUGCCACCUAUUCCUGAAAAAGUAGACGAAGUGCCAGAAAACCCUUCAGUUUUCAAAAAACCACCCGAUGUUCCCCAUGGAGAAUUCAAAAGAAUCAAGAGAGAAGAUGAGGGGAGUAGGCCUACCCGCGAAAUAAGUAGUGUGAUGAUGACCACAUCAGGAUUCCUAUCACCGGCUCGAGAAGGGAGACUUCCAGAAGCAAAGACCCCUAUACCACCACCUGCAGAAAUACCACCGCAACCUCCUCAACCUAUUAUUAAUUCAUUGUCAGAACACAAUAUGGGUGUUUUACCAAUGAAAAAACUUCCAAGGCCCAUGAAAAGAGUUGAAAGAAAAAAAGAUAGAAUAGGAAAGGAAUUGUUCAAAAAUCACGAAGAUAAAGUUCGGAAGAACCCCAAGGAGCCCUUCAAGGUGAAACACAUGAAGAAAAUCGCAAAUGACUUGAGUUUAAUGCCAAACUUUCCCCAAUUUUUGAAUAUGGGAAAACUACCCCUGGUACCACCUCUAUCUAAUCAAAAAAUAAAUCCAGUUAAGUUCAACAAUAAAACUUUGCAAGCAGCACGUAUGAAAACUGAGAAAUUCAAUACAACAAUAACACCAUUACCUUUGAAAUCAAUGAACAAUCGAUCGCAAUUGAGCGUCGAUAAACUUCACACUAUCCCAGAUAGAAAGAAAGCCAACAUUCUGAAAAAGAUUUCUAAUAUGAAAGAGAAAAUUGAAGAGAAGGUCAUAAUCAAAAAAGAAGAAAAGGAGGAUCCAUCCAGUCCUCCAGACUUAAUUAUAGAUGAACCUGAAGAUAUAAUUCCUAAGUUAAAACAAUUCCGAAGUGAUAUAACCAUUGAACCUAUUAACCCUACUACUCGCCCAGAUGUCAGCAUCAAAUCGGAGCCAAUGUAUUUUGAUGAAUCGCCCCCUGGUACUCCAUCAACUCCCAAAACUCCUGAAAUGAUGGCCACACCCCCUUCUGUAAUAAAAGAAAAGAAGAAGAGAAAACCGAAAGUUCCAAAAAUGGCCAAAACCGAUCCUCAGCCAACAAAUUAUGCAACUUUCAAUGAAACUGAAGCAUUAGUUGAUCGACCUAAAACACCAAAAGCAGAAAUUGAUGUAUCCACUCGUAGACAGUCACCUGUGCCUCAAGCGAUGCCUGAAUUUCCAUUUGGCAAUAUCAAUCCAUAUCAAUUUGGACGUCCUAAUUUGAAUUUUUUAGCUAAUUUUGGAGGGCCUGGUUUAAUCCCCCCACCGUUAGGUAAUCCUCUUAAUCCUCUUUUCCCUACUCAUUUCCCAUUGCUGAAUUUAUCUGAUUUCGGUCAAAAUCCUUAUUUGCCACAAAAUUUACCUACUCCUAAUCAUUUAGUGCCAAAAGUUGAAGAAAUGCCUAGUUCAUCAUCUUCUGCACCGGAACCUGUCAGUUUACCACCUCCCAGAACCCCUGAGCCUGUAACUUCAAGUAUUAAACCGGAUAAAAUAGAUAAAAAAUCAAAAGAACACAAAAAAGAGAAGAAGGAUAAAUUGAAAAAGAAAUUGAAAAAAGAAAAACUGAAGGCUGAGAAGAAGGAAGAAAAGAAAAAGAUUAAGAAGAAAGAGAAAAAGGACAAGCGUAAAGAAAAAGAAAUCAAGGAAGAACCUUCAACAGCAGUGCCUAAAUUAACGCUCAAACUCAAGUCUCCUUCCCCACGGCCAGUCACACCAGAUACAACCACAAAAAAAUUGAAUAUAAAGCCUGUGGUAAAAAAAGAAUCUGAAUUAUAUGAUGACCCGGAUGUUGAUGGGGCCAAUCUUGCUAGGAUUUCUGCUCUUGUAACAGGUCCCCCAAAGUCCAAGAAUACACCACCGCCAACUCCUCCACAACAACAACAACCUGUUGCUCCUGCUAUUGAAACAAUUUAUCCUAUUACUUACGCAAUUCCGAAGAAAAAACACAAACCCGAAAUCAAACCCAUUAAACUCAAGGUCGAUAUAAAGAAAGAACCAGUUUUCGAACCAGCACCAGCACCUCCAUCAAAAUACAUUGACGCCGAAGGAAAUGAAGUGUGGAUAUGUCCGGCUUGUAGUCGACAGGACGAUGGAAGUCCUAUGAUAGGUUGUGAUGGUUGCGAUGCUUGGUACCAUUGGGUGUGCGUCGGCAUUCAAGUACCUCCAGAUGAGAACGAAAACUGGUAUUGUAGGCACUGUCUUCUCAAAAAGGAUGAAGAUCUUCAGUCAGACAAAAAGAAGAAAAGAAAAAGAAAAGAUAAAAAGGAUCAUCAAUAGGUCAAUACUACGUUACUGAUUUUUAAAUUAUUGAAUCGUUUGCAAUCAUUUACAUCAGAGAGAGUUUUUUAUAUUUGUUACCUAUUUUUAUGGAACAACUUUUAUUGAAUUUUUUAAAUUACAAUCGUACAUGAUUAAGCCAAUAUAUUUGUUCAGAAAAGCAUAUUUUGGAGUAAUAUAAGCUGUAGAUAAAAAACAUUUGUGUAAUUGUUAACGAAAAUAAAAAUUAUUGUUCUAGUUA